AUGGAGCGCUACGGUGGCCGACCUGACCUCGCUCCGGAUGCCCACAAUGUAUCCUCCUCAGGACCGCCUGACGCCAUUCCUUAUGUGGCGCCCAUGCCCAUGACCUCUAUGUCUUCUGUACGGGCCCCCAUCCCUACCGAAUCGUUUAUGACACCGUCUUCCAUGCCGGUAGAACCGCCUCUAUGGACGCCACCGCAUUCCUAUUCUGCACCGUAUGGGCAGCCUAAUUUGGUAUUACCAGUUCCCUUUCCUCAGCGCGCCUUUGUCAUCAAAAGCUUUACAGAGGUGGAUAUCCAACGAUCCGUGCAUCAUGGCGUGUGGACAAGCACAGAAAAAGGCAACAAACGACUGGACAGUGCAUGGAGACAGAGCCAUGCAACAGGCCCUAUUUAUCUCUUCUUCUCUGUAAAUGGAAGUGGUCGCUUCUGCGGCGUGGCGCAAAUGACGUCGGGACUUGACUACACUCAGAGUAGCGAUAUAUGGGCUGAUGGUACUCGCUGGAAGGGCUUAUUCCACGUACACUGGCUCCUUAUCAAGGAUGUGCCCAAUGCUCAACUACGCCACAUUUACUUGCGCAACACAGCGGAUGUGCGACCUGUAACAAAGAGCCGCGACACACAGGAGCUUCUGCCCGAGGCAGCAGCAGCUGUUCUCCAAAUCUUUUUCAUCUAUACGGGCUACUCUUCCCUCUUGACCCGAGAAACCUCUCCUAUGUCUCGAUGA